GGGAAGGUCGCUCGAGCGGUUAUGCAGCUGGCUUUGGCAAAAAGUGCGUGUCGAAAGAGAAUGACAGAAGAGAGGGCGAGAGAGAGAGCACCGAAAGAAUGAGGGAUUUCUGCCUAGCCGACGACCACACUACGUUCUGUAGGAGAGAGCGAGAGCGAGAGAGGAAGGCCUGGCUAGAGAUGGCACCACGCUCAUUUUCUCGUGGCAUGUGCGAGCGUGCUUUCUAUCGAUAGACUCCUCGUUUUCGAUUUCUGUGACGUUUCACUCAAUUCUAGUCCUGGAAAUAUCUGUUCUGUUGUAAAAUAUUUGCGAUGCGUCGCAACCGCUACGACAACGACUGCACUGUUUUCAGUCCGCAGGGAAGGAUCUUCCAGGUGGAGUACGCCAUGGAGGCGGUGAAGCAGGGCACGACGGCCACAGUGGGCCUUACCAGCAAGGAGUACACGGUGCUGGUGUCCCUCCAGGGGCCAGCGGCCGCGGAUACGUCGGCCUUGCCGCAGCGCAAGAUCCUGUCCGUGCACCCGAAGCUCGGUCUGGCCUUCGCGGGCCUCGUGCCGGAUGCCCAGAUCCUCCACAGCCACCUGUGCACCCAGUGCCUCACGUACAACCUCUCGUACAUCGGGGAGAUGCCCGUCGCCCGGCUGAUGACCGGCCUGGCCAUCAAGAUGCAGGCCCACACGAACCGCAACGAGCUCCGUCCCUUCGGGGUGGGCCUUCUGGUGGCGGGCCACGACAGCCAAGGAGCGCACCUCUACCAGGCGAUGCCCUCGGCGGCUGUCAUCAAGUGCAGGGCCACGGCCAUCGGGGCCCGCUCCCAGCUGGCUCUCCGCUACCUGGAGCGCCACUGGAACGCCUUUGAGCACUGCUCCAAGGAGGAGUUGAUCUGCCACGGCAUUCAGGCCAUCCGCGGAUCCCUGGCGCAGGAGCAGAACCUCGAGAUAAAGCUGGCCAUCGUCGGGGCUGCGGAGGAGUUUAGGAUCUGCGAUGCGGCAGAGACUCAAAAGUAUAUCGAGAUGUCAAAGCGCUUGGACCAAGAGGUGUCUAGUGUAGAGGCCUUAACAGAAGAGGAGACCGAGGAGCAGACUACCAGUGAGACUUAAUGUGGCAGCAACCGUUGUUGCCCCUGAGACAGACACAGACACAGUCACAAACACAUACACCUACGACUGCACUUGUAUUGCAGUCUUUGCCCCAUUAAAUAUGCUGCUGCUGAUGCUGUUUUUGUUGCAAAAACUAA